CAUUUAUCUGUAUUUUCAGAUGAUGCAAGGGAUCAAGAAUAUUGUGUUUUUGUAAGCUACAAGGAUAUUGUGUUGAAAACUGACACUCUCUAACAAUGGGUGAAGAGGCCACUAAACUAGGAAAUAACAUGAACACAAAGAGUCUGGAGCUCGUUGAUAGAAAAAAAGCAUCAGUUGUGUGUGUGGUAGAGCAGCUGCAGACAGAUACUCAAGAAUCUUGCAGCCAGAUACCAGUGCCUUUCUUAACAUGUAAAACAACUUCAGCUGAGGAUCAAGCAGAGUCUGCAUUAUUUGAUAUGCUAGCAGAAUUUCAAAAGCUGAUCCACCAUCGCCUUUACUUCAGUCCUCGCUUGGAGUACCUAUAUGCUACACAGAUGGCAGCUUUAAUUGGCAGAAUGUCGCCUGAGCUUACUUCAGACAAUUGUGAAAUCCGAUAAAUACUAAGAAAAUUUUCCAAUCAAGUGUGGUGUUUGUCAUAACUGGCAAAGGUAUGUACAAAAUGCAUGUUUUCAUUGUUUUGCAGCGAGGUCUUUUUCUCAUGAAAAUAGGUAGAUAAUUCCUAAAACUUCUUCAGACUAUCAUAUGAUCAACCAUAAUUACCU